AUGCUACAGGUAGUUAAAAGAGUAUAUUCAAAGUCAUCUAUUGGUAUGCUCCUGUCCAUAUAUAACUACUUGUUCUCAAGGCAGCCUUAUAACAACACUAGAAGUUACUCGACGAACAAUCCUAUAAUAUCAUCGAAGGUGGCGGAUGGGUUCCACCCCAGGCUCAAGACAAUAUUUCAACAGCUAGAUGCUAUUGCACCUCGAUUCACUUUACGAAAAGGAGACAUAAAGAUAUUGAUGGAUCCGAGAGACUUCUAUGCAACGUUGAAACUGAUGAUCGAUCUGGCGAAGUCAAGGGUAUUCUUGAGCUCCUUAUAUAUUGGGAGAGGACAACAGGAUUUAGUAGAUCACAUCUCUAAAGCCCUAGAAACAAAUGAAGACUUGAAGGUUUACAUUUUAACAGAUGCAUUAAGAGGUACGAGAGAAGCCCCUGAAUCUCUUUGUUCUGCUAGCUUAUUGGUUCCUCUAGUAGAGAAAUUUGGAAAACACAGAAUUGAUGUUCGUAUGUAUCAUACACCUCAUUUAAAUGGUUUCAAAAAGAGUUUCACACCGAAGAGAGUUAACGAAAGUUGGGGGCUACAACACAUGAAAUUAUACGGCAUAGAUGAUGAAAUUCUCAUGACUGGAGCCAAUUUAUCUGAAGAUUAUUUCACUGAUAGACAGGAUAGAUACUACAUUUUGAAGAGCAAGGCCUUAACUGAUUAUUACUUUGAUAUACAAAGUGCAAUUUCAUCGCUUUCGUAUCAAGUCUUGACUUCAACUAAACAAGAACAGGGUUUCCGGUUAAGUUGGCCAACUUCCAAUAAAUCUUGUGAGCCUCACAUUAAUGUUCAAAGGUUCAUAAGUGACUCUUCAUUCUUAUUGGAGCCAUUAUUGAAGCAACAUAGACUUACUUCUUUUGAUGAAUUUAAGGACACAGACGAGUUUGAUACUAUUGUAUACCCAGUGUCACAGUUUACACCAUUGUUACAUCCGCAGAAUGAUACGUCUACUGAAAAACCAGCUGUAUUAAGAGUUCUUUCUUAUUUGGACUCUCCUAAGAUAAAAUGGUGGUUCACUGCAGGAUAUUUCAACAUGUUGGCGGAAAUUCAAGAGAGGCUAAUCAAUGGUGCCGCAAAGGGUGUGGUGAUCACCGCUUCGGCACAAGCCAAUUCAUUUUAUAAGUCUAGGGGCGUCUCUUAUUACAUUCCUGAGGCCUAUUUGUUACUUGCUAAGAAAUUCUUAGAAGAAGUUUCUCGAAGAGGAAAAGAAUCUCUAAUCAGAUUAUAUGAAUGGAAAAAGGGAGUUGUCAAUACUGUUGGCGGGUGGUCUUAUCACGCAAAAGGUAUUUGGAUUACAGUCCCCGAAGAAGACGAACCUUCAAUUACCGUUAUUGGAUCAUCGAAUUAUACGAAAAGGUCUUAUCUGUUGGAUCUAGAGAGCAAUGCCAUAAUUAUCACUAAAGAUGAAAACUUGAAGUUGGACAUGAAGAAAGAAAUAGAACAUUUAAUGAUAGAUGUGGAAGAGUUAAAAUUAAGUGAUUUUGAGCCUAAGCCGUUGCCUCAGUCUGAGUCAGGAGAAGAGAAUGGGCCUCACAGAAAUGAGGGACCUAAAUAUGCCAUAGAUGAGAAUAGAAAAAUUAGUUACGGAGUCCAUUUGGCAGUCAAGGUAAUAGGCGACAAGCUAUAG